UUCUACUUCCUGUUUGGAGGCGGGUCUAGUUCUGUAAACACGUACACAACGUGAUGUGAACUGCAGCAGACUGCGGACCGUAAACACUGCAGACCAGAACAGUGGCUAAAUAUAUUUGGCCUUGGUUGGUUGUAACUGGCUACAGCUUCAUUGUUUGUAGACGUCUCAUCUUCAAGACUUGCCUUUAUUUAUCAGAGGAGAACCAGACAUAAACACAGGCAGUUCAUGAUGGCUGCAGAUUCAGCAGUGUCUAACGGAGGAGAAAACAUCCUUACUGAGAGCGACGAUGAUACUCUCAGCCCUGAUGACCUGUCCGAAGUGUUGGCGGCUGGAACCAAGGAGUCUCACGACAAAGCAGAGAACUCGCCAUUUGUCAAGGACUUCCUGAGGGGCCGAAUCAAACGAGAACUUUUUAAGCUUGGCACAGCUGCCCUGUACUACGUUUAUUCUGCCAUUGAGGAAGAGAUCGAGAAGAACAAGGACCACCCCAUGUUUGCCCCACUAUAUUUCCCCUCUGAGCUUCACCGGCAAGACGCCUUGGCCAAAGACCUGGAGUAUCUCUACGGUGAAGACUGGGAGAGCAAGAUCUCCUGCUCAGCAGCCACACGGCCCUACGUGGACCACAUUCAUGAGGUGGGACGAGACGAUGCGGUUCUUUUGGUCGCACACGCUUGGACCCGCUACAUGGGUGACCUGUCAGGAGGGCAGAUUCUGAAGAAAGUGGCUCAGCGGGCUCUAAAACUGCCCCCUACUGGUGAGGGGGUGAACUUCUUCCAUUUUGAAGGCAUCCACAACCCCACGGCUUUCAAGAGGCUGUACCGCAGUCGGAUGAAUGAGCUGGAGGUGGAUGCAGAGACCAAAAAGAAGCUGCUAGACGAAGCCAACCUGGCAUUUCAAUAUAAUUUGGAUGUAUUCACAGAGUUGCAGGAGAUUGGGAAAGAUAUAAAAGAGGAAGUGCAGGACAUUGGCUUUCACGCACAUGGGGAUAUGGGUGGAGACAUCAGUAAAUGCCCCUACUAUGCAGCCAAGAUGGCGGUGAGUGGAAACACGACUUAUGCAUGUAAUUUUGCCAAGAUGCUGCUUCGACAGUCCACAGUACAGGUGAUUCUGGCCACAUGGGUCGCUGCUGUCGCUGGAUUGGCUGCUUGGUACCUCAUGUGAUCACCUUUACCUGAGUCAGCCAAUAAGAAAUUAAAAUGGCAACAACUGGGCUUCAAAGUGGAAAUCUUUCACUCACUGGGCCACUUUGUGAAAAUAUUGCUGCCGAUCAUAUAAAUAUGUAAAGUCACUGACUGGACUUUUAAUCCAUGCCACGUAUCUGUAUUAAAUACAAUGCUUUUAAAGGAGAUGUGACAUUCUUUAUCCUGUUUUCAAUCUCAGUCAAGAGUGUAAGCACACAUGCUAGAAGACAUUGGAGCUGCUUAAAAUAAAACUAUU